AUGGCUGGACUUCUCGCCGCGGCGAUUCUUUUCCUCAUCGACCGCCACAGGAGCUCGGUGUGGGCGUCGCCGGUGGCGCACGCAACGACACGAGGUCCGUCGGCGUCGUCGUCCGUGUGCAAGGAGUUCGACGUCGCGAUCCCCGCCAGCGCGCCGGGGGCCAGGUACGACCUUCGCACGGUCGACACCGACCUCGACGCGGCGGCGUGGGCCAUCGAGAGCAGCGCCUGGAGCGCCCCUCCGGGCAACGAGCUGGUGCUCGAGAACAUCACCAUCUCGGGGACGUACAACAUCCACGGCCGACUGUGCGCGCCCUCGGCGGGCGGCGGGGGCGUGCUGCAGAUCGCCUCGCACGGGGCCCACUACGACGGGCGAUACUGGGACGCCGACCCCCCGGGCCACUCGUACGUCGACGCCGCGCUCGACGCCGGGUACUCCAUCCUCACGUACGACCGCCUGAGCGCGGGCCGGUCGGACCACCCGGACGCCUACACGGGGGUCCAGGCGCCGCUGGAGCUCGAGAUCCUCCGGGAGCUGACCACGCUGGCGCGCAACGGGACCCUGGCCUCGAUGACGGGCGUCGGCGCCGCACCCAACAAGACGGUGCACGUCGGCCACAGCUACGGGUCGUUCCUCACCACGGCCUUCAUCGCGACCUACCCGGAGCUCACCGAGGGCGCCGUCAUCACCGGGUUCGUCCUGAACCGGUACCUCGGGUCCGUCGGGGACGCGCCGUGGGCCGUCCGGCGCGCGCCCGACAGGCCGCCCGGCUACGUCCUGUGCGAAAAGGUCGGGAUCCAGAACCUGUUCUUCGCGGGCGACUUCACGCAGGCGCAGCUCGACCUGGGCGACUCGCUCAAGCAGGCCGUCCCCGUCGCCGAGAUCACCAGCGGGUACGAGUUGCUGGGGGCCACGGGUCCGUUCAAGGGCCCCAUCCAUUACAUGUUGGCGGAAAAGGACUUUUACAUCUGCGGCGGGGACUGCAGAGGUCUGUACAGCGUCCCUCAGCAGUACAAGAUCUUCCCCAACGCCUCCGACAUCCAGAUCGACCUGCAACCCGACACGGGCCACGCCUUGCCGAUGCACAACAACGCCACGGCGGGAUUUCAAGUCUCGUUUGACUUUUUGGCCAAGCAUGGGCUUUGA